AUGCAGCUGUUAGAGGCUUCACCGACACAUAGACCAGGUUUUGAGUUCUCAACCACCGUCAUUUCCAUCGCUAUAUUGGUUUCCACCACCACAACAGCCCUUGCUGCCUCCGUUCGUACGCCGAAGGGCCCAGUAAAGCCUGACUCGUACAUUAUUGUGCUGAAAUCCGGUGAAAAUGUGGAACGUCAUAUCGAGGAUAUUGGUCGGAUAUCCGCCCGAAGCCCUGGGUCAAAAUUUUUACCCACCUACCGGUAUGAAAAUAGGCUAACUUUCGUAGUCCUGAAUGGCUACUCCGCAUACGCAACUGGAGCAACCCUUACUCACAUUCUCAGUUGCCCCGAAGUUGACUACAUCGAAGCUGACGGCAUAACAUCCAUUUGCGAUGACCUCCAUGAAGCAAAUGAGGGGGAUACGGGUAUCAAGACUGAUGCACCCUACUUUGAGGGAAAUGCAUUUUUGGGUACUCCCUUUGGUUACCCCAACAGCCGGGAUGAGCACGGUCAUGGCACAGCGAUCGCCGCGAGAGUAGUGGGGAACGGGUUUGGUAUGGCGACUGCGGCCAAUAUUGUUGCGGUUAAGGUUCUCUCCGAUCAAGGCGUGGGAUUUGCAACCGACCUAAUCGCAGGCAUCAUCUACGCUUUCGCACAAUUUCAAUUGACUGGUCGUCAUUCCAUGGCUUUGGUAAUCCCCAACUUCCGUGGCGAUUCGGCCGUUGAUGCAGCUGUCAGAGCUGUCAUCUCCCUUGGUUUGCACGUUGUAGUCGCUGCAGGGAACAAUGGGGAGGAUGCAGUGAUGUGGAGUCCUGCAUCCGUUGUUCAAGCUAUCACCAUUGGCGCUAUCGAUUGUUCAAACAAGAUGGCAUCGUUCUCCAACCACGGAUUUCUCGUCGAUGCUUUCGCCCCGGGGGUUGAUAUUGCAUGUCCUUCGAUCCACGGCCCGGACCCGUGGGCGACCACGCUUCAGAGCGGCACUGGUUUGUCAGCCGCGCACGCCACGGCUGAGUUAGCCAUUGCUUUAGGUCACAACCCUAAUCCAGUGUCUCCUACCGACCUGAGCGCUGCCCUAACGGGCCAUGCUGUCGGGGACGUUACGGGGCAGCCAAAGGGAACUACGAAGUUGAGGACACAACUUUGGUGGCAGUGGUAG